CAUGCUUCACCGCAAACCAUCUGUAAUUUGCGCACCAUGGAUUUCCAUCUCCUGGAGAAAGCCCUCUUAGGCCUCUUCUGCGCUAUCGUUCUCGCCAUUAGCAUUUCUAAGCUCAGUGGCAAGCGAUUCAAACUCCCCCCUGGUCCACUCCCGAUUCCUGUCUUCGGCAACUGGCUUCAAGUCGGCGAUGACUUAAACCACCGAAACCUGACAGAACUGGCCCGCCGAUUCGGCGACAUCUUACUCCUCCGCAUGGGCCAACGUAACCUCGUUGUCGUCUCUUCCCCUGAUCUCGCCAAAGAUGUCCUCCACACCCAAGGAGUUGAAUUCGGUUCAAGAACCCGAAACGUUGUCUUCGAUAUCUUCACAGGUAAAGGCCAAGACAUGGUUUUCACCGUCUACGGUGAACAUUGGCGAAAGAUGCGGCGAAUCAUGACCGUCCCUUUCUUCACCAACAAGGUGGUUCAGCAGUACCGAUUUGGGUGGGAAGAGGAAGCAGCUAAGGUCGUUGAGGAUGUGAUGAAGAACCCAGAGGCAUCGACGACUGGGAUUGUUUUGAGAAGGCGGUUGCAGCUUAUGAUGUACAACAAUAUGUACCGGAUCAUGUUUGAUAGAAGGUUUGAGAGUGAGAAUGAUCCCUUGUUUAUAAAACUUAAGACUUUGAAUGGGGAGAGAAGUAGGUUGUCUCAGAGCUUUGAGUAUAAUUAUGGUGAUUUUAUCCCCAUUUUGAGGCCUUUCUUGAGAGGUUAUUUGAAGAUCUGUAAGGAGGUUAAGGACCGAAGGUUGCAGCUUUUUAAGGACCAUUUUCUUGAGGAGAGGAAGAAGCUAGCAAGCACGAAGGCAACGGACAACGCAGGGCUCAAGUGCGCCAUGGAUCACAUCCUUGAUGCCCAGAAGAAGGGAGAAAUCAACGAAGAUAACGUCCUUUACAUCGUCGAGAACAUCAAUGUUGCCGCCAUUGAGACUACGUUGUGGUCUAUCGAGUGGGGGAUAGCGGAACUGGUGAACCACCCCGAGAUCCAACAGAAAAUCCGAAACGAAAUCGACAUAGUUCUCGGACCCGGUCUACAAGUGACCGAACCCGACAUCCAGAAGCUUCCCUACCUUCAAGCUGUGGUCAAGGAGACCCUGCGACUCCGCAUGGCGAUCCCAUUGCUGGUUCCGCAUAUGAACCUACAUGAUGCCAAGCUCGGUGGCUACGAAAUUCCCGCUGAGAGCAAGAUCCUUGUCAAUGCAUGGUGGCUUGCCAAUAACCCGGCCCACUGGAAGAGCCCGGAUCAGUUCCGACCCGAGAGGUUCCUGGAAGAGGAUGCCAAGGUCGAGGCCAACGGCAACGAUUUCCGGUACCUACCAUUCGGGGUUGGCCGGAGGAGCUGCCCCGGAAUUAUUCUGGCCCUGCCCAUCAUUGGAAUCACCUUGGGCCGUUUGGUCCAGAACUUUGAGCUCUUGCCCCCACCGGGUCAGUCUAAGCUUGACAUAUCCGAGAAGGGAGGGCAGUUCAGCUUACAAAUAUUAAAGCACUCCACCAUUGUUGCACAGCCAAGGGUGUUUUGAUCUUCAAAGUGCUCUCUCUCUCUAUUUAGCUUUUGUUAUUAUUAUUACGGUGUACUUGUUUU